CGAAGAAGAAUAACUUGUUCUCGCGAGAUUUACCUACCAGUCCUAUUUGUUUACUUAUUCUGUACAGUUAAUCUCCUUUCGCUGUCAAAGUGGUAACUUACUGGACUCUAAUGGCUAAAGUAGAGCUGGCACCGCUUAGAUCGUGGGAUGAUUUCUUUCCCGGUUCGGAACGGUUCGGCGCACCGGAUGUUACAAAUAUGACGAGAUGGAACAACCGAGUUGUCAGCAACUUGCUUUAUUACCAGACGAAUUACCUGGUUCUUUCUAUUGCUGUUUUCCUCAUCGUGGGGUUUCUCAACCAUGUGGGGAUGGUCACAGCCUUGGUCGUGGUGUCGGUCGUCUUCCUGGGUUUGGUUUGGGCUGGAGAGAACCAAGCCAUCAUCAAGAACUUCAAAAGGCAGAGCCCCACAGUGUUUGUGAUGGUCGUCAUGGCGGCCAGCUACAUGCUGACUUCUCUCCUGGGGAGCGUCAUGACGUUUAUGACAGCAGUCACUCUACCUCUGAUUUUGAUAAUGGCACACGCUUCGUUUCGCCUACGGAACAUGAAGAACAAGCUCCAGACCAAGCUGGAAUGUUCAGGGCUGAAGAGAACUCCGAUGGGCAUCCUACUCGAGUGUCUGGAACAGCAGGAAGAAAACAUACAAAAGAUUCAGACUUUUUUAGAGGGAAAAGUGAAGGAGUAAACCUUAUCUUCUCCAAAAUGCUACAACUCCAAUGUUCUCUGUUGUCUUUUAUGUUGUGCGAAAGGAAAGCCUGCAAACCAGCAAUGUUAUCUCCUCCUCAGGGUAUCUUGUGUCACUCUGCACAGAACUUGUCAGGGCGCUCCCCCCUGCAGCGAUCAGGGCACCUCACUGCUGCCUCACAUCUCAUCUGUGCAGCUAUGCAUGUUGUGUCCCAGACAGCAGCAAGCUUCUCGAAAUCUGUGUUUAAUCAGAAACUCCUCCGUUUGCACUUGAGUGAAAUUGUGAAAGCAGCACAAGUGUUGCCUUUUAACAGAGGCCGAAAAGUGCACACUCAACAUGCAUUGCUGCCAAGACCAGCGCGUUUUCAAGUUCAUGCAGGAAAUCUCUUCACAUUCAGAGUAACUGUUUACUUCAGCCCAGAGUUGAAUUGAAACCUUCUGCUCAUGUAAAUAAAGAGAAUCAUGCAAAAGAGCAA